GGCCGGCUCCGGCCGGGAGUGGGGCGGAUCCCGGGAAGCGGCCCCGGGAGGCGGCGCCUGCCCGCCCGGCGGCCGGGACUGGAGCGCGUUGCGAACGGACCAUGUACACGAUCACCCGCGGGCCCAGCCGGCUGGCCACGCAGCGGAGGACGGGUCCGUCCCAGCAGAUCGAAGCCAAGCCCGGCUGCGACUUGAAGCAGAAGCCGGCGGAGAGCGGCCCGGCCCCCAGACUGGUCUUCAACCGAGUGACGGGCAAGCGUUACGUGUCGCCGGGGGUCACCGAGACACGACAGGACGAGGAACACACGCCGGCACACGAGGAGAACGUUCGCUUUGUCUAUCAGGCCUGGCAACAGGUGGAGGAGGAGUUGCUGGCCAGCCGGCAUUCUGAGAACAGCCAACGACCUUGCGGGGCAGUGGAGUACGUGGAAAAAUCACCCAGCCAGAACCUGAGCAACUUUGUUCCGAUCGACCUGGAGGAGUGGUGGGCAAAGCAGUUCUUGGCCAACAUUCAGAACUCCUAGAGGCAAGUGUCUGACGGGAGAAGAACACAGCCAGUGCCUCUGCCGUUUCCUCAUCUAUCCCUCCACCCUCAACGAUUCACACAAAGCAAAGACGUUUCUGUAAAAAACAAAUAAACUUAUAUGUUUGGCAGAC